UUUAUAAAAGUUGCUGAAGCUUUGCAUACUUCCUCAGUGGGCUAGCUUCUCAGAAAAGAUGAAGCUCAUUUACAUGAUUUUGCUUAAGACAGCUGUGUUGCUUUUUACAAAUGCCUCUACAGUGAUGGAUGAUAGUACAGAGAGCAUCAGAGAAGAAAAACUGAUUGAUUCUUGUCCUAUAAAGCUCAAAACCAAUCGGCAAUGUGAUGGAGAGGAAUGCCCAUAUCAGAUAAGCUUGCCUCCAAUGACUAUCCAGCUACCCAAGCAGUUCCAACUGAUUGAGAAAACUCUCAGAGAAGUGCAGAACCUCAAGGAAGUUGUAAACAAGAUGAAGACCUGCCAAGACUGCAAGCUACAGGCAGAUGACAAUCUAGAAAAAGACAGCAAUGAAUUCCUGCCACCUGGCACAAAUGGUCCAACCGAUGAUAGCAAAAUACAAGAUAACAAAGUUAAAGAAUUGCAGAACAAAGUAUCCAGGCUGUCAGCCAGUCUAAAGAAUGCAGAGAACCAUAUAAAUUCUUUACAAGGUCAACUGGAGCAGAUAAAGCUCAUAAACAUGGGCAAUGUGGAAAGCUACGUUGACAGAAAAAUAGCCAACCUGACAAUUGCUGUGAACAGUCUCGAUCACAAAUGCGUUUCAAGCCCUGCCUUACAACCAAAUUCAGUUAUACAGCUUCCACAGGGAGACUGUUCCAAUUACUUUGCAGCUGGCGCACGGCAUGAUGGAAUCUACAAAAUUACCCCUGACCCCCAAAAUGAGAGCUUCGAUGUUUACUGUGACAUGGAAUCUAUGGGAGGUGGCUGGACAGUGUUCCAAACACGCCAGGAUGGCAGCACUAACUUCAACAGAACAUGGAAUGAAUACAAGAAUGGCUUUGGAAACCUCAGUAGGGAGUUCUGGCUAGGGAAUGACAAAAUUAACCUUCUGACCAAAAGCAAGGUGAUGGAGUUGAGGAUUGAACUUGAGGAUUUCAACGGAGUCAGAAAAUUUGCAAAAUAUGGGCAAUUUUACGUGGCCAAUGAACGUCUCAAAUACCGCUUAAGUAUUGGCAGCUACAGCGGUACAGCUGGGGAUGCUCUGAACAAAAAACGUCACAACCAUGACCAAAGGUUCUUUACUACCCCCGAUAUAGACAACGACAGGUAUAUAUUAGGGAAUUGUGGAGCGUACUACAGCUCUGGAUGGUGGUUUGAUGCAUGUUUUGCUGCUAACCUAAAUGGCAAAUAUUAUCACAAAAAAUACCAAGGUAUUCACAAUGGGAUUUACUGGGACUCUUGGCCUGGAGUUUCUGAUAAUUUAAUUGGUUACAGACAAUCUUUUAAAAAGGUUAAAAUGAUGAUGAGACCCAAAGGCUUUGUGCAAUGAAUUAGUAAUUCCCCAGUACUGACACCUUCCCCCAGUACUUGAGUCCAAUUUAAAAUACUCUACUAAAUCUCAUGUCUAUCUUUUCCUUGAAAAAACUUCUCUUCCAAAAGUACACUGAUGUCUCUUUCUGGAUAAAUUCUAAAUAUGCAGGGAACAAUUCAAAUUUUUGUAGUAAACAAUGUGUUAGCCUGAUCCAUUAACUUCUGUCAGGUCAGAACUUGGGUUUAGGCUUAUUUUGCUAAGUUGACUUCAAAGACAUUCUACUUUUGCAGGAUCAUAAACAGUUUCUGUGCCUCCUACAGGCCAAAAACAGGUUUGUAGAGUUGAAGAGCAACAGACAAUUUCAGUCCCUUAUAUGUACUGUUCCCUCAUCAGAUUCCAGAAAUAUAUCCACAGGAUUGUCAACCUGCUUCAAAACCAAUGAGCCAAAACUGCCUUGAAUUCAAUUACUGCAGACGACUGAUUGGGCUUAAUCUGGUUAUUACACAUUUUUUCUAUAUGUAUAAAAGAGGUGAUAUUUUGUAGAUAGUUAAUUAUUCAUUGCCACUGACAACUAUCUGUUUUCUUUAUCACAAACAGUGUCAGAACAAAAAUACAAUAUUCUAAUCUAAAGGGUACUAAAUGUGUUAAGAAACAUUUCUAACGUACUUGCUAUUUUUAUAUGUGAAAUUGAACUUUUUUAUACUUAAUCUCUAAAAAAUGUUAAUGAACAUAAUAUGCUGGAUCAUUUAUGCGCAACUAAUUUUGUUUGGAUUCAGCCCAUUAUUUUCAGCCCCCGUAGAAAAUGCUGCCUGUACUCAAUAGAUUAAUAACUGAAACAAAAACAUGAAAAUACUUCAAGGGUACAGAGGGAACACUGAGUCUUAUAAUACAAUCUUGUGGUCCACUUAUGCUAUCAGCCACUACAUCAGAGCAACAUCUGGUGUAGCAUGGCCAUAGUCCUAUGCACUCCUAUCAGCAAGGCUGACAGCAUAUGAAUAGCUAUAGAAACAAGAGACAACAUAGCAACAUCAACAGACACACCUACAACAUCUCUAGCAACUAUGCUAGCACACACGUAUUACAACACACUGUGUACACCACUGUUAUUCCCACAUUAGCAAUGCAUGGAAGGCUUUUAUCAAUAUGUGGUGAUGACACCAAUGUCACCCAUCCGAGUCCAUAUCUUCUUCCACACAUAAGACACAAGCAAAAUUGUCAGGAAGAGUCCACAGUGUUUCCUUGUUAGUUACCUCCAUUGCCCAGUGGGUAGGUAGGGCCCUUCUAGGAUUUGAACCCCCUGACAAUCUAAAAUUGUAAAGGGCAGCAGCCACCUGCAAACAACCCUCGUGCCUGGUAAAACAGAUGAUAGCUUCUGCUGGUAGCACAAAGGGGCUACACCAGCAUCUCCUUGGGUCUGCCAAGGACACAGAGGAGUGAUCCUAUCUGAGCCCAGAAGAUGCAACUUGGGGAUAGGAUAGGAUUGCAUUAUUUGUCAGAGAUCAGGCGACCACUAGAGCUACGAAGGUGCCCAACCAAUUCAAGGGUUGCUAUAAACUGCAGAUUAGAACCUAAAAGAUGGGUCUUCCCGUUUGAUAUUUUUGUACUUCUAAGCAUUUCUUCCACCCUCUCAUAUGGGUGAAGAUUAAGAUUGGCAGGAAUAAGUCACAUGAUGUGGACAGAUAUCCAAUUGAAUUUUAUUAUUUUUACCUUUUUGUCCAUGGACACAAAGCAACUAACAAGAUUAAAAACAAACAAUAAGAUAUGAGAACAUCACUGAUGUGAUGGGGAAGCCUUAAGUCAUAGAACCUGUGCAGUUUCUGACUACUGCCUCAUGGAUCAAGAUUGCAAAUUUUCACACUGUAGUUUGAGAGUCCUCCUUCUUUUGAUGUUGAGACCCCACUGCUCUCCUGCUCUGGAGAACACUUCAUCCACUAUGCCACAACUACUCAUUUUGAAAUGUUGUGGGGAAAGGUGACGUUUGCCAUAUGUUUUAUUCCUGGUAUUUUGUUGUUGUUGUUAAAGAAAUUAGGCAAUUUUGAUCUAAGUGAUCUGGCUUCUUCAGUAGGGAUUUCCAAAGAUGAAGGCCAAUAUAUGUGUAUGUGUAUAUAUCUGUUUAUGCACUUUUAUUUUCUUCAUAGAAAAUCACUAGAAUGAAUUUAUAGCACAGGUCUACCUACAGUGCCAUAUAAGUGCGAACAGUAAAGAGAGAAAUUAUACACUGAGAAUGUAAGAUUAAUAUUAAAAGCACCAACAUGUUCUUCAAAUACCCAAAUAUAUUUAGAAUUUUCAUUGCAUAUUGUUGCCAGUGACCAAAAGUAUAAUGAUGUACAGGUAUAUAUGUAUUUUAAAUGGCAUUUGCUAGAUGCAAUUAUGCUUUAUUGUGCCAUGCAAUUUGAGGAUUUUCCCCACUGUUAAUGUUUUUUAACUGGGGAGGGAAACAAAUUCUAAUAUUGAGAAAUUGUAUAAACUGUGCUUCAGAAUUUUUUCUGAUGUCACACAUCAUUAUUGGAGAUCACUUCUAGUUAGUAUUCUAAAUAAGAAAAUCCUUAAGUUAUACAGUUGAAUCCAGCAUGUCCAUUCUGUAAAUGGAAGGGCUCCUUCUGUUCACUAAAGGGAGGAGAGUCAAUUUUACCAAUUCCUGCUUCCCCUAGCAGCUCCUCAGGCCCACCUCUCACACUAUUACAGAGGGUCCCCCAUCUGACUGAAGUAGUUUUACUGAGAGCUGGAGAGGGAAGGGGAGAAAUUGUCAAAACCUAAUUCCCUUUACCUCCAAGGGAGCAUCCUGUGAGUGGUGUUCCAACUCUGGAUUCAACCCAAAAUGUAGAAUUGAACGUAAUCAUUUGCUAUAAUGUGCACUAAAAGACUUCCUCCAAAUCAUGCUGAAGUUGAUGGAAGAUAAGUAUCUACUGUAACUUGGAUUGUUUUCUGCUACUGCACUUGCAUAUAUACAGUGCUUAAACAUCUACUGGCUACCUAUUUGUUUCUGGGCCCAGUACUAAUUGCUGUUUUUUUACCACUCAAAUGGUCUGGGAUGAAGGUAUGUGAAGAACAGCUUGUUGGAGAAUAGCUUGUGUGUGUGUAAAGUUCCUUGGUUGAGGCCCUGCUCCCAAUGUUCCCUUUGAGAUGUGGUGGGUGGCUUCUGGGGACCCUUCUUUUUAUGUGGUGGCACCUAGACUUACUACACCCUUCCCAAGCACAUUCAUUGGAUGCCUACAUUGCUAUCUUUUAGGCAACAAUUAAAACGUUUGUUAUUCACCCAAA